AUGCCAGUUUUUGAUUUGAAAAAGAACCUCGUCUUCUAUGGCGCAUACCACCGCGACCCAACCAAUGUCGGCAUUCACAUGGCAUGCGUGCCUAUUCUUCUAGCCACGGGCUUCCUCUUCGGCACAAACACACCCGUCUUACCCGUGAAACCCCACCCCCUCCUAACGCGCCUCAACCUCCCCCUCAACCUCGGCACCCUAGCCGCAGCCACCUACUCGACAUUGUACCUGCUCCUCUCCCCUAACCUUGCCGGCAUCACUGUCACGCCUGUCGUCAUGUCCAUGGCCGCGCUGUCCAACCGCCUGAUGCAGCGCUAUAACAAGACCAAAGUGAAUAGCAUUGCCAUCGCCGUUCACCUUGUAAGCUGGAUCGCGCAGUUUAUCGGGCACGGCAAGUUUGAAGGCCGGAAACCGGCUUUGCUGGAUAACCUUGUUCAGGCGCUUUUCUUGGCUCCCCUGUUUGUGUGGUAUGAGACGUUGUUUAAGUUGGGGCUGUAUAGGAAUUUGAGGAGGGAGGUCGAGAUGGGGAUUGAGGUUGAGGUGGCGAAGCUGCAGGUGAAGAAGACGGAGAGCGUGGCGAAGGGGAAGGAGCCUGUUAUUAAUGGCGACGAUGGCGAUAGUGACAGCGCAUAGAAUGGUGGAGUGAGAGAAGGUUGGAGAUGAGAUAUGAAUGAUAUGAAUGGGGGAUGUAAAUAACUAGCUACUGUCCUGUCUUUCUUUUGACUGAAGAGUGGAAGUAAUAGGUGGAUAUGGUCGUAUACCAGGCAUACCGAGCCCGCAACACAAGUUUACAAAGAUAGAAAUAAGUCAAUAAAGAUAGCACGCAAGACUC